AGAAUGCACGCACACAAGCACACACAGACACGCACUACACACACAAAUAGUUUGGGGGUGUGGGAGUCUACGUAUGUGUGACCACCCAGUGUCGUAAUACAGGACCAUGAUUUAAGAGGGCAGAAAGGAGGACACAGAAAAAAACAGACGGAAAAAAGGGGCUAUUGAUUUCCAUCCUACAGUUUUUCAACAUGCGCGUCAUCAAUCUGGGUCCAGAUCCAUCACUGGCCUACAGGCCAGAACACCAGCCAGCAACCAGCAAGGACCAGACGGAGUUCCGCAACUUUGAGGACGGUGAACUGUUUGACCGGGUGCAAAACACGUACAAGCUCAUGCACACACACCAGACCUUGGAUUUUGUCAAACGGAAGCAUGCGGAGUGGAGUGGCUGUAGCCAUGCUAAGAUGACCAUGAUGGAGGCCAUAGACUCUCUGGAUCAACUGGUGGACGAGUCCGACCCCGACGUGGACUUCCCCAACUCCUUCCACGCCUUCCAGACCGCAGAGGGCAUCCGCACCCAGCACCCUGACAAAGACUGGUUCCAGCUGGUCGGCCUCAUUCAUGAUGUGGGCAAAAUGAUGGCCCUGUGGGGCGAGCCUCAGUGGGCUGUAGUUGGUGACACAUUCCCGGUUGGCUGCAAAUUCCAAGACUCCAUCGUCUUCAGAGACACAACUUUUAAAGAAAACCCUGACCUCAAUGAUCCUGUGCUCAGCACUGAGUGUGGCAUCUACAAGCCAAACUGUGGUCUGGAGAACGUGCUGAUGUCUUGGGGACAUGACGGGUCUGUAUAUGAUCCGUUUCCACUCGUUCUACCCCUGGCACUCCGGAAACAACUACUCAAACCUCUGCAACGACAAGGACACCAGUAUGCUGCCCUGGGUCAAAGAGUUCAAGUAAGCACACACACACCCACACUGCUAUGGGGACCCAAUCUUGGGGCCCCUCUCUCCCUGGACCCCGGCCAACAUGCCUGUUUGUCCUGUCGGCUUCCCUGCACAUGCGCGCGCAUGCACACACAUGCACACACAUGCACAAUGCACACACACACACACACACACACUGAUGGCACACACACAUGUGGCACAAAACAAGAUCUGUCACAGCACGGAGAGAGGUGGAUUUUAUUUUGUGCGAGCUCAGCUUACCAACAGCUUUUUCCACUCGCUGUCUGCAGGGGUGCGCCAACUAGUGGAAGAUGUUCUGCUGAUUGCAACGUUUUGGCAAGCCCACAUCAUGCUGUACUGAGACUGUGUGUUUGUGUGUGCUGUUUCCACAGUAAGAGACUGUGUGUUUGUGUGUGCUGUUUCCACAGUAAGAGACUGUGUGUUUGUGUGUGCUGUUUCCACAGUAAGAGACUGUGUGUUUGUGUGUGCUGUUUCCACAGUAAGAGACUGUGUGUUUGUGUGUGCUGUUUCCACAGUAAGAGACUGUGUGUUUGUGUGUGCUGUUUCCACAGUAAGAGACUGUGUGUUUGUGUGUGCUGUUUCCACAGUAAGAGACUGUGUGUUUGUGUGUGCUGUUUCCACAGUAAGAGACUGUGUGUUUGUGUGUGCUGUUUCCACAGUAAGAGACUGUGUGUUUGUGUGUGCUGUUUCCACAGUAAGAGACUGUGUGUUUGUGUGUGCUGUUUCCACAGUAAGAGACUGUGUGUUUGUGUGUGCUGUUUCCACAGUAAGUUUGACCUGUACACCAAGAGCGAGGAGCUGCCUGACGUGGACUCCCUCAGGCCGUACUACCAGUCCCUCAUUGAUAAAUACUGCCCAGGGGUAAUGCAGUGGUGAACCAAUACACUCUGGAGGGAACAGACCAGCAUUUUUGGAAAUGUCCAUUUUACACCUCCCCUUGAGUUCAAUAAUGACCGCCGCCAAAGGAGUUUAUGUGAACGUCUGAGUUUGUCGUUUGUUUGAAUUGCUGCUGUGUAUAUGCCAUGGCCUGCCACUAGGGGGCGCCAAGGAGGCUGUGUGCUGAUGAGCACACUUCCAAAAAUGACGGACUGUUCCUUUAAUGCACACAAGCUGGCACUGGUGCUAGAAACAUAUGCCAAUACAUCUCACUCACACAGUUGCACGGGACUUACAAAAUACACCUUCACCCACACUCAGAAAACAAAUGUGUGAUCAACCGCAUUCAUCAACCACAAAGCAAAUGUGAUUAAUCACGUUCGUCAACUGAUCAGUUGAUCUCCAUGGCACCAAUUCCACGUUCUUAAAUAUCACUC